UGUUGUAUAAAGAGAAUGGAUUGUUUGGGUGUUUUCCUUAGUGACUGUUGUUGAUAGUGUUUUGAUUGUUUUGUUCGAUCUUUCAGGUUUUAAUCGUUUCUUUUUAGGUCACCUAAAUGGAUAGCGUAUAUUAUAUUGGACUAUCUGAAUAAUUUUGAAGUUAUGUCUCGUUCUAAGAAACUGUUGCCCGUCUGCGUAUGUACACAUUUUAGUCUUAAAACAGUGAACUGUGGUGUUUUAAAUUUUUAGUCACCUAUUUCGAUAGUGUAUUCAAUAUAGGUCGACUAAUUUAUUUUUUAUUUUAGUUCUGUUGUCGUGUGAUUGUCUAGAUGAUUUUGACUUUCCAUUCCGGAGACGGUAAAGUGUAGUGUCUCGAUAGCGUAUAUUGAAACAACUGUAAUUGAACAUGGCUGAACAGACAGACAAGGAGGUGUGUAGUAUUUGUUUAAACGACUUUCAAGAACCUGUAAUAAUUGACUGUCAACAUUCCUUCUGUUUCAGCUGUUUAGAAGAAUAUCUGACUAAAACCUCUACUAAAGAUCAGUUCCAAUGUCCAUUGUGUCGUUGUCUUAUAAACGGGGGUGUACAACAAUAUAGACCCACGCUAAACAUUGAUGACAAUUCUGUAAUUAAUAUUCCACAAUGUCAUGUGUGUUCUGAAGAUACAUCUCAAUAUUUUUGUCAAGACUGCGACCAAUAUUUAUGUAAGUCGUGUAGAGCCAUGCAUGAUAAGUUAAAAUCUUGUAAAGACCACGUUGUUUGUCGAUAUGACGAAAACCAUAUCGGUCAACAGCCCAGAUCAAGCGGAACAAAGAAAGAAAAUACACCCGUCACACAUCAUAAAGAUUUCUGCUCUCACCACGAAAAAAAGAAAGUUACAAUCUAUUGUAAAGAUUGUUCACUAGCCAUCUGUUGGAAAUGUUUCGUAGCCAAUCAUAACGGACACAAUUAUUUAGAUUUACAAGACGAUGAAGUUAGACAAAAUAUGAGACAAGAUUUACGAACAUUGAAUGAUGAUUUAGAAACACAAGUCACCAAACUGCAAAAGCACUAUGAUAAUUUAAAAAGUAAAUUAAUUGAAGUCAAAAACUUUACAAAAACUGAAUGCGACAAAGUUGAUGCACGGGUUAAUAAAAUCUGCUCAGAAUUUCGUAAAAUCGGAGAAAAUAUUAAACAGGAAAUGCAGAAAACUGGUGAAGAUGCAGAAUCCAAAUUCGAGAAAUUGAUGGAGGACAUUAAAAUACUAACAGAAGAUUUAAAAGGUAGUGUUAAAUAUUCAGUAAAUGUUUUAGAAGAUUCGUCCAUUGUUGAAGUUUUACAAAGAAUACCCAAAGUGCGACAGGAGAAAGAUGGAAGUAGUUGCAGAAAAUUGGAUAUACCAGAUGUAAGAUAUUCAAGAUUUCAAAUAGCAAAGAUAGAUAAAACUUUGUUAACUCGUCAACUUGGUAAAAUUGUAAGUUGUCAUCAGAACAUGUUUGAAGAUAUUUUUAAUGUGAAUGGUAAAUGGCGUCGUAUUUAUCAUUGUAAACAACAUGUACUUUCAGGUUUUACAUGGAGUAUCAGUGUAUUUAAAAACAAUUCAUUAUAUGUUACAUUACAGCUGGAUGACGUAGAGGAUGAAAGUAUUACGUCAUGUAAAGUUGACGUCACAUUUAAAGUUAUAAAUAAAACAGAUGAUAGACAUCAUGUGGUUAAACAUUGUAAUAAAACUAUUAAACCUGAUGAGGUGGACGUCUAUUAUACUAAUUUUAUUGACUGGGAAAAACUCGGUAACACUGUCAGUGGAUUUAUUGAUGAUGAUGGAAACUUUACAAUUCAAGUAAUAAUUAAUGAAGUUACCGACAUUGAAAGACGUGAAUAAUUAGAUUCCAGGUACCGUUGGCGAGUAGGAAAUAUUUCAAAUGCUAGAAUAAUAAUUCCUAUGAUUGUAUAGUGAUUUGACAACCUGUUUUAAUCGCAAUAGGUGUAUAAAUAAAUAUGUAU